GAGAGUCCGCUCCUCGCGUUCAUUUCAUUCCUCUUCUCAUUCCGAACAUUCUUAGCAUCGCUCGCGCCGCACAAGCCCGUUUCGAAAGCCCAGCCCGCCCUGCCCGCCACCGGUCUGGGGGCAGUCACGAAGCACUGGCAAGGGCUUGCAAUAAUCCCGCAAGCCAACAAGCUUGUAGAGCCCAAACACACACACACACGCACACACACAUUAAGAGAUUUCUCUCUCUUUUUCAAAAUAACCACCACAACAACAAUAAUAGCAAAAACAAGGAAAAAAAUUAAAAAAAAUUACCCCCCCAAAAUUACCAAACAACACCAAGGCUUGGAAAUUAAGCAAGCCAAGUCCCCAGGGGAAAGCUGGAAGAAGUUUGCAAUUGAAUUGCAAAAGGCUGGUGGUGUUUGCAAAGGUGGGGAGUGGAGUGGAGAGCUGCUGCUGCUGCUGCUGCCACUGCUGGUUAAUUGCACAUUCAAGUGGAAAAUUUUCCGGAGUCAGCAGAAACAUUGUAUCCAAAAAAGACAAAGUCGCAGUUCCAACAAAACGCGGAUAUUGUCCCUGGAAAACUUCCUUUCGAUUUAUUCUCUUAAAGCUUCCAGGCUAAGGCUUGGAGAACCCAGCCAUCACCAUUGAGCCCAGCAGCUGGAGCGGCAGCGAGAGCCCUGCCGAGGACAUUGAAAGAAUGAGCGAUUCUGCAGAUAAACCAAUUGACAAUGAUGCAGAAGGUGUCUGGAGCCCAGAUAUUGAGCAGAGCUUUCAGGAGGCACUAGCUAUAUAUCCCCCUUGUGGGAGGAGGAAAAUCAUAUUGUCUGAUGAAGGCAAAAUGUAUGGUAGGAAUGAACUGAUAGCCAGAUACAUCAAACUUAGAACGGGAAAGACACGGACCAGGAAACAGGUGUCUAGUCACAUACAGGUCUUAGCAAGGAAGAAAGUUCGAGAAAUUCAAGCCGCCAUUAAGGUGUCUAGUCACAUUCAGGUUCUUGCCAGAAGGAAAUCUCGUGAUUUUCAUUCCAAGCUGAAGGUAACAAGCAUGGAUCAGACUGCAAAGGACAAAGCACUCCAGCACAUGGCCGCUAUGUCAUCAGCUCAAAUAGUAUCUGCAACAGCGAUUCACAAUAAGUUGGGCCUGCCAGGAAUUCCCCGUCCGACGUUUCCUGGAGCACCUGGAUUUUGGCCAGGGAUGAUACAAACAGGACAGCCUGGAUCUUCACAAGACAUAAAGCCAUUUGUCCAGCAAGCCUACCCUAUACAGCCAACUGUCGCAACUCCCAUUUCAGGGUUUGAACCUGCAUCGGCUCCAGCCCCGUCAGUUCCAGCUUGGCAAGGUCGGUCUAUUGGAACAACUAAACUCAGAUUGGUGGAAUUUUCAGCUUUUCUUGAACAACAAAGAGAUCCAGAUUCUUAUAACAAACACCUCUUUGUGCACAUUGGGCAUGCCAACCAUUCUUACAGCGAUCCGUUGCUGGAAUCGGUAGACAUUCGCCAGAUUUAUGACAAAUUCCCUGAAAAGAAGGGCGGCUUGAAGGAGCUGUUUGGAAAAGGACCUCAGAAUGCCUUCUUCCUCGUAAAAUUUUGGGCGGACUUAAACUGCAACAUCCAAGAUGAUACAGGAGCAUUCUAUGGUGUAACUAGUCAGUAUGAGAGCUCAGAAAACAUGACAAUCACCUGUUCCACCAAAGUCUGCUCGUUCGGGAAGCAAGUGGUAGAAAAAGUAGAGACUGAAUACGCACGGUUUGAGAAUGGCCGGUUUGUGUUUAGAAUAAACCGCUCUCCAAUGUGUGAAUAUAUGAUCAAUUUCAUCCACAAGCUCAAGCAUUUACCAGAAAAAUAUAUGAUGAACAGCGUGUUGGAAAACUUUACAAUUUUAUUGGUUGUAACGAACAGGGACACGCAAGAAACCCUACUUUGCAUGGCUUGUGUAUUUGAAGUUUCAAACAGCGAACAUGGUGCACAGCAUCACAUCUACAGGCUUGUAAAGGACUGAACAGUUAUUUAUAGACAUGUUUUGUUUAACUCCUUAUCAAAACACAGACUGUCAACCUCAACACUAAGUGGCAGUUCCUCUGGCUGAGCUUUCCCCUACAUUUUUCUAAACCUCAUUUUAGUGUGUCAAUAUAUAUUGUAGCUGUGAAAUUCUGGUACAGUUGUACAAAUUCUUUCUAAAACAAAGUGUUCUUCAAAUUUAUAUAUUAAAAAAACCACCGUUCCUUGGGAAGACUAUAUUUAAGAAUUUCAAGGCCUUUGUGGAAGUUUUAAUUUUUUGUUGUUGUUGUGUUAGAAAAAUAUAAGACAGAGCGUUUGCCAUGGGAAAACUUAACAGCAAUUAUAAGAGUUUAUGAGGUGUUUUGUCUAAAUUAAUUUUUAAAAACCCUGUUUUUAAGAUGCUAGUGAAAUUGAAAUGAAUUUUAACUAUAAGCAUAAAUUAGCACACAAAUUCUUCUUAGAAUUAUCUUCAUAACUGAUUACUGUGGACGAUACAAACGAAUGUAAUUCACUAAAUUAUUUUAUAACUGCAACUCAAUUUCUGUUUGAAGCCAAAUGACAAACAUAGCCUUAAAAAUGCCUGAUGGGAGCAGACAGGUCCUAAAAGUAGGCAAAAAAUAUUAUUAUUCUUCCCUCUGUAUUAAAACUAACCUUCUAACCCAUUUAACUUUUCAAGCAGGUAUUGCAAAGCGAGAAGACUUCCUCCCUUUUACUAAUUAUAUCUAGUGCAUUAAAAAGGUAUAAAGUAUUGUACUAAUAAGGACAUUUGUUUAUUUAAAAGAUGACUCGUUUUGCAAUAACUAGGUAAAUACUGAAAAAUUAGACUUAUGGUGUACGUAAUCUUUUGUGUGUGGUUAUAUAUUAUAUGAACAAUUUGUUUUUGUUUUUGUUUUCCUAAUGAGUCUAUAAAUUGCAACACCAAAAUUAGUGAUAAGCAAAUGUAAAGGGAGGGUGGAAUUAAAGUGACUGUUGAA